UAGUUCAGUGUCCGGCACAUAAUAAGUGCUUUAUAAAUACCACAUUUACUAUUAUUACUGUGGCACCAAAGGCCAAGAGAGCCUCCAGUGAGUGGUCAGUGAUCUGGGGACACUGCUGUGAAUGGUCAGUGAUGUCUGGUGUUGCAGAGGACCCUCCUGAGAAUUCCCUCCUGAGUGGCCAGUGGAGAUGGUGGUAAUAGAGGCUGGGUGAGUGGUCAGUAGUGCAGAGGCCAGGGGUCUUCCUGUGAAUAGUCAGUAGUUUCUGGUGCUGCAGAGGCUGGGGGAGCCUCCAGUUAGUCAGUCAUUGAUGACUGCUACUCAGAAGCCAGGGGACUCCCCUGUGUAUGGUCAGGGAUCCUCCGGCGAGUGGCAUAGGGUGACUGUGCUUGCGGAGGCCAGGGAGUCUCUGGUGAAUUAGUCACAGCUGUGGUGAGUUUACCACAGCCAUUGCAGGGGUCAGAGGAGAGACCCAUAGUUUUGUCACAGCUACUGCAGUGGUGGGGGUCAGGAUCCCCCCUUGAGGAAGGUUUUGCCCACGGGCCAGAACCAUGAGGAGGCAGACCACUAUUAUACCCUGCUUGACAUCCAAACAGGCUCAGGGAGUUAAUGAAACCCCAGGGGUGGCUGAGUCCAUACAGGCUGAUGUCCCUCCCCAAUAAAGGCAGUCUGAUUCCAAGAUCCGUGGUACAGGAAGAUGCUCCAAAACCCAUUCAUCACAUCCAGCCCUGUAAAGAAACUUGCCUCGUGGGAGGUCCGGAUCUACAUCUCUAUAUCUCUUCAUCUCUGCAUCUCUUGCCAUUCCAUUUGGAACUGGUGGGCCGAGACCUUCCUGCCACUCAUAAUGGCUGCUUUCAACAGCAGCAACUUCAGGCCUUUCUUACUGACUGGCUUCCUGGGCCUGGAGUCCACACACCACUGGAUCUCCGCGCUCUUCUUCAUGUUGUAUCUGAUCGCCAUCUUGGGCAACAGCACCAUAUUAGUGGCAAUCAAGAAGGAACGCAGUCUCCAGCAGCCCAUGCACUUAUUCCUGUCUCUGCUGGCCAUCUCCGACCUGGGCCUGUGCACCACUACCCUCCCCACCCUGCUGAAACUCUCCUGGUUUGACGACCGAGAAAUCGGCUUUGAUGCCUGCCUGGUUCAGAUGUUCUUCAUUCAUGUCUUCUCUCUGAUAGAAUCGGGCAUCCUGCUGACCAUGGCCUUCGAUUGCUUCGUAGCCAUAUCCCACCCCCUGAGAUACAGGGCCAUUCUGAACCAGAUGACGAUUGCCAAGAUUGGGAUCGGGAUCAUCCUGAGGGCUGUGGCUGUCAUCCUUCCGGGGCCUAUCCUCAUUAAGAGGCUGAAGUUCUGCGAAGCCAACGUCCUCUCCCACGCCUACUGCCUGCACCCCGAUAUCAUCAAGCUGGCUUGCUCCGACCACAGGAUCAGCAGCAUCUAUGGCCUGAUGGUCGUUCUCGUCACCUUCGGGGUCGACUCACUGCUCAUCUUGCUCUCCUACCUGAAGAUCCUCGCCACAGUAUUCAGGCUCGCGUCUGCACAGGAGCAACGCCGGGCCCUUGACACCUGUGUCUCCCACAUCCUAGCUGUCCUGUUGCUCUACGUGCCCAUGUUGGGUGUCUCCAUCAUUCACCGCUUCGCCAAACACAUCCCUCCCGUGAUCCACACCAUCAUGGGCUACAUCUACCUCCUGGUCCCACCUGUGCUCAAUCCCAUCGUCUAUUGUAUCAAGACCAGGGAGAUCCGGGCCCACCUCCUUAAACUCUUCUCCCAGAAGUAGGAAAUGGACAGGGAGCCCAGCCCAUCCAUGGCUCUUCUGGGGCAUGUGUCCGGCUGACACCCGAACAUGAGAAUGGAAAGAGCAAACAGAAAACGUUCGAACUAUUGGUCCACCAGUCAGGGACUGGAGAAAAGAUGGGGUGGAAAGAGUAGACAUUCUUUCUUGGGUAAUGGAGGACCUCCAGGUCGAAUCUCGCCUGCCAAAUGCAAAAUAGAGGGGGGGGAGCCAUAAGCCUAUUUCCACUUGGGCCAUCUCCUCCCAUAGACUGCAAGGCCCUGGCUUCUUGCCGUAGGCCAUUUUGUCAGGCCUCCCCUGAAUACUGCUCAAAUAUAUAGCCCACUUUAAAGAGUGGAGACUCUGAUGGAUGAUUCCAAGGCCAGAGAAAGAAAACUCUGGGGAAAUAUCACAGAAACUAAUAAUGGACCUGUUGGAUAUUCAAAAGAACUUCCAGAGUGACAACAUUUUGUAUGAAAGUGGGAGAUGCUACAGAUGCUUGUAAUACUAAUAAACGUAGCUUUUUAUAAUA